AUGAGUAAUCAAGGAGUGGUCUACUCAGAAUUGAAUUUGCCCAAGUACCCAAGGAAGCAGCAAAGUAAAUCUAAGGUCACUCAAAGUUCCACUUCAGAGCAGGAAAUAACCUAUGUGGAAUUAAACUUUCAAAAUACUUCUCAGAAGCUUCCAGAGAAUGACCAAGACUAUCACUGGAAAGGUUUUCCAUCUCCUCCAGAGAAGCUCAUUGCUGGGAUCCUGGGAAUCCUUUGCUUUGUCUUACUGGUUGCUGUGGUGGUGACAACCACAGUCGUUGUUCCCUCUAUUGUAACAGAGGAGCAGAACAAUUCUUCCCUGAUGAGACACCAGAAAGCAAGUAAUUGUGGUCGUUGUCCAAAGGAGUGGUUAACAUAUUACAACAGUUGUUACUACAUUAGUGUAGAAAAAGAAACCUGGAAUGAGAGUUUGAUGUCCUGUGCCUCUAAGAACUCUACUCUACUGUAUAUAGACAAUGAAGAAGAACUGAAGUUUUUGAAAUUCCUGUCACAUCUGUCAUGGAUUGGAGUCUUUCGUAACAGCAGUUAUCAUUCAUGGGUGUUUAUGACUAACUCACCUUUCAAACCACAGAUAACAUCAUCACGUGAUGAGCAUAAAUGUGCUAUUCUAUCCUCCUCUGGCCUUACAUCAAGCAGCUGUAGCUCUUCAAAUAUAUACAUUUGUAAGAAUAAGCUUUAAGAAUAAAAUACCUGAAUCUGGAAUCUGCCAGUUUUAUCAUGUCCAUGAAGAAGUUUGACUAUCAAGGUUAUAUUGGGAAGCAUUCCUUCUUUUCUGUAGCUUGGCAACCUUUGUGUAAGAGACUGUUACAUUUUUCAAUGUUAUUUCUCACUACUGAUACCAAGAGUUUGUAGAGUUUCACUAUAGGAAGGUGUAUAUAACACUUUUCAUUUCUUUAGUAUAUGUAAUUUAUUCAAAUUUCUGUGCAAUGGACUGCAU